AUGCCUCCUGUCGUGAUGUCCGAAGGACCCUGUAACGCGAGAGCGAGAAGCUUUAAAGCGAGGACAGGUGAAAGCGAACUCCUUGAUGGGCUAAAGCAACGAUGGAGAGGUCUCGGUGCGGACUGUAGCGAGUUACAAAACGACGGCUUUCAAUGUGCUGGUUACCACAUCGCGAAGCACGACGAGGAAAACGCGAUCGCACGCGCGGGAAGCACGGACCGGAGUGCUGCGUUAAGGCGAACUUGCAGCGAAGCUGCAGCCGAGCUUCACGCCGCACUACCCGGCGACGGUACCUCCGACAUCCUCCCUCGCGAGGCUCGUAAUCCGGUUAUUGAUCCGUCUCCGUCUGCUCCAUUCGCGGGUGAAGUCCCUCCGGCGAUCAAGCCGUGGAGAACUUUUGAGACGUCUCAAAAGUCGUCUGCUCCUACCGCGGGUGAAGGGCCUCCGGCGUUCAAGCCAUGGAGAACGAGCCGGCAUCCAAACCAGAAGCGGCCGACUCAGCACGGCGGUGUGGAUCAGCGGCCGCCGCUGGCGCAGCAGCCGUGUCGGCCGAAGCACUACCAGCCUGAUGAGCGUCGUCUGUACGAACGGCAGCCUUUAGACAGUCACCAGCAGCAGCACCAGCAGCAGCAGGAGGAUUUGCGGCUGAAAGGCUUGGCAGGACCCCGGUGUCUCUACAGGAGCGAAAGCGCGCUUCCCGCGCUUUCUCUCGAGCAGCUUGACGGUGACAGCGCUGACAGACCGUCGGAUCAUGCUGACGAGGCAGGCGGCCUUGGUGGCCGUCAGAGAUUGGAGGAGAGCGUCGGUCGCACAGUGUCGCUCGAGCAAUCCGCCCUCGAGGCGCUUUCCGCGCCGUUCAAAGUUCCGCACACCCCUCCGCGCGGUCAGAAAACGCGUCGCUUUCCUACCAGCCGAAGCGAGAGCUACACUCACAGCAGCAGCAGCGGCGGCCUCGGCAGCCAUAGCAGCAUCAGCGGAAACAGCAGCGGCAUCAGCAGCAGCAGCAGCAGCAGCACUGCAGGUCACGGAGUCAGCACACCGACAGUCAGUCGCAGCAAAUCAAGCUGCACACCGGCACGCGGCAUCGGCGCCAGGCCUUCUCCCGUCCCCCCGAUCGUCAUCAGCCCGGCUGUGCGCGCCUCUGCGGAUUCUUCCGCCCACCCCCGCGUCUCUUCCCCCAGCCUCCGCCCGCUCGUUUUCUCCCCCCCAGUUUCCUCCACCGCGCGCGGAACCUCCCCGUUCGGACCAGCGCUGGUGCGGGAAACGGUCUCUACAGUAGAGCUGAGCGCGCGGGGGGACGCGGGGAGCUACCCAGGGGGCGCAGUGGGGAAAGCGGGGGACGGCGCGGAGGCGGGGGAGCGGGAGUUCACGCGGCACGUGUUGGGGCGGCCAUACGCGGAGCUUGAGGCGCGGUAUGAGGUGGCGGAGGGGGAGCUGGGGCGCGGCAAGGUGGGCGUGCUGCGCGCGUGCAGGUGCCGCGCGACUGGGCGGCAGUUCGCGUGCAAGACCAUCAGCAAGGCCGCCAUGAUUUGCGAGGAGGAGUGCGAGGAGGUGCGGCGGGAGGUGCAGAUGAUGCAGCGCGCGCGCGGGCACCCGCGCAUAGUCGCCCUGCACGAGGCGCUCGAAGACGUGCGCGCCGUCCACAUCAUCAUGGAGCUCUGCCACGGUGGCGAGCUCUUCCACCGCAUCGUGACACGUCAGCGGUACAGCGAGCCCGCGGCCGCCAGCGUGGCGCGCCAGCUGGCGUCGGCGCUGGCGUUCCUGCACGCGCGGGGCGUGGCGCACCGGGAUGUGAAGCCGGAGAACAUUCUGCUGUGCUCGCGCGCGGACGACACGAGCAUCAAGCUCACCGACUUUGGAGCCGCCACUCUGCUGCUUCCCGGCACACAGUGCACGGAGCGGGUAGGCUCGCCCUACUACUUAGCCCCCGAGGUGCUGUCAGAGCAGUAUGGGCUGCAGGCGGACGUGUGGAGUGCAGGGGUUGUGCUCUUUGUGCUGCUCUCUGGCUCGCCGCCCUUCUCUGGUCGCUCCAACGAUGAGAUCUUCCAGGCCGUCCGAUCCAAGGAGAUCGACCUCACACGCAAGCCCUGGCCGUCGAUCUCGGAGGGAGCGAAGGAUCUCGUUCGUCGGAUGCUCACGAGGGACCCUGAGGCGAGGAUCACCAUGGAAGAAGUGUUAGUGGGAGGGCUGCAUCGGUUGGGGCUGGUGGGGCCAAAGCUUAGAGGGAACAGGGCCGUGCAUGGGCUGCAUAUCGAGCUGCAUGUGCAGUAA